CCUGAUACGGUACGGUACCACCGUACUACUUCGUUCCGAAACUCUAGAAACAAUCUGCUGCAUUAGAUCAAUGGAUAAGACUGCUAGUGAAAUUGAUGUCGAACCUGAAGCUAUAAUAUCGAAAGAACCACAAACGUUAAAGAUAAGCAAAAGUUGAAGCGACCUCUUAUUUUUCGAAGACAAAGUGUCCUUUCGCUGUAMUUCAUUAAAGGGUGCAACAGAAAUUCAAAACAUGCCCGGUAUUUGCACUUCUUCUCUUGAUCGCAAAGAGGAAUGGAAACGCUGUUGUGCAGAAUCCAUGGGGUUUGAAUGGGUGGAUUGCUUUGAUGACGACGACGAGAACGACACAGUUCUGAGUCCCAUUAAGAGCGAAAUCGAAUCCAACAUGCAAGUUACCAAUUUGCUGGACGACAACGACAACGAGCACGAUUUCGAAGAUUACUAUUGYAACUAUCGGGACGAAGACGAUCGCACUCAUCGGCGCAACCAAAAAGGCACCAAGAGCAGCGAUACAUGGACAGACAAUGCGUUGCGCAUCCAAGCCGAUUUGAAUCGAAUGUCGCAAUGGAUCCAAUCCAAAAAGMGAGAAUACGUCGGACUAGAUAUGAAAGACGAGGAGGCUGGACUGAUUCAAAGCACGGUAACGUCGUUUGCGGCGACGACCGCAAGCGACCUGGAGACCCUGAGAAACAUGAUCAGCACAAACACCGCUACCGGUGCCAGCAACUACAACCUCGCCAACCAUCGAGCCGGUGUGGUCCAAAUUUUGUUUUCACAAUUGCAAGAGCAAGUGACGAAACCUUUUGCUAGUUUGCAAAAGCAACGAACUCGUGAGGCCGUGCAGCUUUGGCAGAACCCAUUGCAAUGCAAACUUUACUAUGAUGUUCCAAAACAGAGUCGACAAGGCCAGCAAGAAAUGGUGUUUAACGACGACGACGAAGGCUACGGCGAUGAGCAACCACCAAAGGAACAGCGUUUUUUGCCGCAAAGAUCGUAUCAACAGAACCGCAGCGAYAAUCGCGAGAGCGACGGCGAUUUCUUUAUUUCAAAAUAUGCUAACAAACCAAAAACAAGCAUUCCUUCCACGAAACCAGACUUUCUGCGUAGGCUUACACAGCGACAGUAUCCAGUAAGAGAUGAAAGCGAUUCUUCGUCGACAGUGUCCCCAUCAACCGACGAAAGGAAGCGCACGUUCUCAAAUCCAACYACCGAUAAUAUCCCUUCGUCAUUUGGGGACAAUGUCAUUGCUACCGAACAGACUYCCGAGGGUUUCCAAUCCAGUUCGCAGGGAAGACAUGACGUAAAUCCCGACCUGUAUCGACAACAAUUAGAGGAAGACUUACGGACAGAAUCAGUUCAGUUGACCACAACACUUAUCGCAAGUAAUGAUUUGGAUAGUGUCCAUCAAAUGGAAAAGCGUAUGGUGGAAAUCACAACAUUGAUAGGACAAUUUUCAAAUUUGGUUCAAGAGCAACAAGAGCAGGUCCUUCAGGUCCACGAGAGCGCCAAAGAAACCAAAGACAACAUGGACAAGGGACAGGAAAACUUAAUUGAUGCGGCAGAACGCACGAAAAAAUCAAAACACUACAAGGCUUGGUCAAUUCUUGCCAUGGCUGCAAUCCUCGUCUUUUUCCAUCUGGUUCGAAACUAAAAAGAUUUKRUUGAAAUGYAUUUCGUGAAMAGCAUGUAUCCGAAUUCGAAUCCUUUGGUUUUGUUUUAGUUCAUGUUGGUGCGAAAGGCCGCAUCAACCUAGAACCAGGAUGCAWAAUUCCAGUAGGAUUCAAAAACAUUUUGGUAGCAUCUAUUUCUAAAAGCUAUGGCGCAAUGACUAACACGAAGGAAUCGUCAUUUUAAGUCUUAUUUUUACWCUGUAUACCUAAUAUCGGAUUUCAACUUGCGCAAUUUGCGUCAGUGGAAGUUGGAUCUCUAUUACGAGAUCAGAUCGAUUUGAUCCUCGGAUUUGAUGUUCGCAGAAGAGCCGUAGUCAAACACAAUCUUCAGACCGACUUGAAUCAAUCCGAAAGCAAGCCCCAGGAGGUUAGGAAAGUAGAUAUUGAAGUCUUUGAAUUCACCGAGACCCGCAACAGACCACAAGAAACAAUUYAAUAUGGUCGCCAGCGUAAAKGGAAGAGGGAUGCUCUUUGCUGACCGUGUUUUAAGUACCGUUCUGAGCGCCGCUAGGGGACUCGCAAACAUGAGCAAACAAAACAGCACGGCUGUGUUUCCAAUCAACCUCGCGGCGUAUGGCAUCCACAUAUUUUCCCGAUGUACUGUCAUAUAGCAGAUUAAAAUCCAUAGCGACGAUCCUCCGAUAAUCGCCAAACAACCUUGCAUGUGCUGUCGCACGGUUCCUGGUAGAUUUGUCGAUUUAGGUUGGGUGUACUURAUGAAUUUCACAAAGUAGAACACACCAAACAUCAAUCCGCUAAGAUUGGUAAACCAUACUUUCGGUUCUUCGUUCAGGAUUCCAUAAAAUAGCCACAGGAUGCAAUUAGCAAUCAUCGAAGAAUACGGYAGGAGAGGCAAAUUCCCGACAGAUUUGUCCUUUUGAACUUGUUUKAUCGUUGGGUACGGCUGUAGUCCCACGGCAUCAAUUCAGAAAAGAAAGAAAAUAAGCGUAUGAGGCGACCAUAUUUGUAGGUAGAGAAUUUGAAUCGAUUGACAUCAGAAAAGUGUCGUUUUUGUCGUUGWCUUUUUCGCUUUUCUUUCACAUACCGCCAUGAAAACAACAAUCGCAGCCAAGGGAGCGGUGUUGGAACAAAACCUUAUCCAUGACGGAACGUCAGMUGCUGAAUGAGCCAUCCUUUUCUACUCCACGCACGUUCUUCGAACUAAUCUCAAUCUCCAGCGUUUCCUGGCCCUUUUUCCUUCUGUCUYUCUUCCYCUCUCAAGUUAUGGACGGGACAUCGUACUAAAUUUAAAUCACUUCUCAUCUACUGUACUACUUCCGUCUAACGUAUGGUCCGAUACUACAAGAGGUUCGGUUUCUUUUCUACGGCGAAGUCCUCAGUCGAAAUGAGUGAGAUGCUGGACACAAAGGAAGACCAAUCAUGACCGUCAUGUAUCAUGAAUAGAUAUGAAAGAUAUGU